AGCUCGUCUAACCUAAAUGCCUCUCUUUUUUACUUCCGGGUAAUGCCAAUGUGUUAGCUGGAGCAAUGACAUUGUACCUAACAGUGAAGAAGUCAGUCUGGCGAGUGGCUAAAACUUUGUUAUUUCACAUGCUUUGAAAGCUGACAUUAGCACAGACUUUGACGUCAACAUGUCAUCCACCACCACGGGUUUUUCGGAGGAGCAGCAGCGCAGAGGAGCACAGGCGCCAGUGGGCAUGGACUACAUCCCCACAGAUGAAGAGAGGAGGAUUUUUAGAGAGUGCAACCAGGAGAGCUUUUGGUACAGGUCGGUGCCCUUCUCUGUGGUCAGCAUGGCUAUCACUCAAGCCCUAGUUGCCCGAGGGACCCUGUCUGCAUCUCCAAGGUUUGGAGCGCUACCCAAAGUGGCCUUUGCUGGCUUCUGUGGCUACCUGGCUGGGAAGAUGUCGUACAUGAAGACUUGCCAGGAGAAGUUCAAGAGGUUGGAGAACUCCCCUCUCGGAGAAGCCCUUAGACAGAGGACAGGACUGCCUCAGAAAUAUUCCAAAGGUCCUCAGUCAGAGCUGAGUGACCCAGACACCCAGUCAUUCGACCCUAUGUUCCAGCCAGCAGAAGCCCCCAGCCAGAUGCCCAACAACAGCAGAGAUUUUGAAUAUGGCUUCAAGCCAGAUCCACCUAUGCAAAUGGACAGAGCAGAUGACUUCAGCGCUCCAGCUUCAGGCCGGUCAUAUGUAGAAGAGGAGGAGCCCAGGAGGAAGCCUAUCCUCUAUGAGGACCUGAGGCUCAAAAACAGAGAGAACUAUGAGGUCGCACUCACCCAGAAGGCCGAGACGCUGCUCAAAUCAACACCUGACAGGGAGCGAGAGAGACCCAAGAAAGAGGCGAAGAAGAACAUUUAUGGAGACACCUGGGAGGAAUGAGUCCUCAUUUGAGCUUAAGAUAUGAUCUGCGACACCAACACUGUGAUACGUAGGCAGCUCAGUCGCCACUCUGCUCCAGUGUGACUAAGCCUCAGGUGUCAUGAAGCUGUAUGAGUUUCUGAUCAGUAUGUAUUUGUGAGUGAGUCAAUUAAACCAAACUGCUUUAGGACUAAAACUGUUUCUCUCUGUGCCUUGGCACUGAUUUGAAUUUAGUGUACCUCUUUCAUCUUCACUAGCAAAAAAUGUAAACAGAACCAAAAAACAAUAUUGAAGCUACAUUUUACUGCUAUUAGAGGGCAACUUGUUACACUCAAGAUAGUUUGUUCACAAGCAAGUGAUAGUUUGUUGAAAUGUUGUUAGUCUUUAAUAAAAGCAUUGGUUUAGGGGCAUGUAUAC